AUGCAGUUCACGUGUUUCGCUGUUCUCGCCCUGUGUCUUGUGGUCGGAGCUCAUGCGAGCACAGUCUCCAAGACCGAUUUCAGUCGUUGUGAGGCAGACUUGACCCCGUGCAGAGUGGCCGCGCGUGCUCAGGAGCGAUUUGCGGGUAUGGGUGAUAGACUGCGUUGUUUGUUGCUAUUGGGUGCUGGGGAAUACUUGAAGAAGGACAACGUUGAUCAGAAGUUGAUUUCGGUUGCUAAAAUCCGUGCAUGGAAGAACAAAGCCAAUGCCCAGAAGACAUGGUAUUCCAAGGAUAUCGAUACAGCUCUCCGUCAAUUGUUGCAUCCCGGUGGAACAACGGUUAUCGUGCCUAUGACAGCCAGCCUCCCCACUAUAAAAGAAUUACUGCACAUUGUUCGAAAUGAUCAAAAUGGUGAUAAAUAG